GUGUUUUGUUUCUGGGGAGCACAUUUGACGCCGGACUUGUUCACAUGCGCAUCUAUUUCAUUCUGCUGCACCAUGCCGACUGAUACUAAGCGCGUUCGGGGGCCAGAGUUGUCCCAAAGUCCGUCACUUUUUAUAGGUAAACCGCCGGCGGUUCUCCCGUCACCCGGCCCCGGGAGAGCAGACGGUCGACAGCGGGAUCAGGUGGACGUCCGGCCCGUGUUUGUCCGCUGCGGGCUGGUGAGCCAGGCUAAAGGGUCUGCGUACAUAGAGGCUGGAAACACCAAACUGAUGUGCUGCGUUUACGGCCCCAGAGAAACAGACCGCAAAGAUGAGACGGAUAUGAAAUGUGGAAGGUUGACUACUGACAUGCGUUUCGCCCCAUUUUCCUGCCCAGAGAGGGGUUCCUGGAUUCAAGGGAGCCAAGACAAGGACCUCUCUCUCAUGCUGCAUGAGAGUCUGCAGCCAGCACUGUGCCUCCACAAAUAUCCCCGCUCACAGAUCGAGGUCAACGUGAUGGUUCUUGAGAACAGUGGCUCAGUUCUGGCUCAUGCGGUCACAUGUGCCUCUCUGGCUCUUGCAGAUGCGGGGAUUGAAAUGUACGAUCUGGUGCUAGGUUGUUCUAUUCGCCAGGACGGUGCCUCUUAUGUGGUGGACCCCUCUUACAUGGAGGAAAACAGCUACAGCUCAGUCAGCAGCGAGAACCAGGGCGGUCUGACUGUUGCGUUUCUCCCCAGCUUAAACCAGAUUUCUGGGCUGCAGUCAGACGGAGAAAUGACUGAAGAGACUCUGACAGCAGGGGUUAGAACCUGCAUUGAGGGAUGUUAUAAACUGUACCCUGUCAUCCAGCAAGCCUUGGCCAAAGCUGUGCGCAGGGCUGCACCCCCACCAUCUGAGAGCUGAGAGACACUUUGACUAAUAACUACUUAGUUUAUACUUUCUUUACUUCAAAAUCUCCUGUCCUUAUUCUGACAACAUAACCUUUUUUCAGUUUUCUAUUUUCUCCAUAAAAUAAAAAUUCAUAAGACUGAC